AUGAUCGCCGGCUCAAGAUUGCCACUGCACCAUCAAGUUGAUGGCUCGCCGACGGAGAAGGAGGUGAAGAAGAAAGAACCACCGCCGGCGAACGAGAAGGAGGGCGGCGGCGCGUCUCGUCCAUGGGAACCCUUGCUUCCCCUAGGUCGACUAGAACCGCAGGCUCUUGCGUUGGGCAGUCUUACUGAUCGGGCCUCAAGUCAGAACAAGCCAAUCAGCCUUGGACAUACGUUGGCAGGAGAGGGGAGACUAGCUUGGCUCAUCUUGGGCCGAACCACGUGGGUCGUGGGCUUUGUUGAGUAA